AUGUAUAUGAUAUUGAUAACAGCAGGAUUUACCACUGGAAUGCUGGGGAAUGUGUUUAUUGGACUGGUGAACUGCUAUGACCGGGUCAAGAACCAGAAAAUCACGUUCAUCAACUUCAUCAUAUGUUUGGCAGUUUCCAGAAUCAGCUGUCUGAUUGUAGUAUUUAUUGAUGCAAUCUUACUAGAACUAGCCCCUCAUUUCUAUGAUUCUUAUAUUCUAGUAAAAUGCUCAGAUAUAUUCUGGGUUGUGACUGAUCAAGUGUCUACAUGGUUUGCUACCUGCCUCAGCAUUUUCUACUUCCUCAAAAUUGCCCACUUCUCCCAUCCCCCUUUCCUCUGGUUGAAGCGGAGAAUGAGAAGAGCGGUUGUUGUUUUUCUUGUAUUUUCUAUGUGCUUACUGAUUUUUUAUUUUCUACUGCUUGAAACACUUCCUAUUUUGAGGAAUAUGAACAUGAUCUCUAAAAGCAAUCUGACUUUAUUUUCAGAUACAAGUAAGACUAUUGUUGUUCAAAAGCUAAUUGUUUUUGACCUGAUGUACUUGGUCCCAUUUUUUGUGCCCCUAGUAUCAUUGUUCCUUUUAUUUUUGUCCUUGGUGAACCACUCCAGAAACCUCAUUUCUACCAGCUCUGAAGAUUCCCACAAGAAGGACAUGAAAAUGCUGUUGUCUUUCCUCAUUCUGUUUAUAAUUCACAGUUUUUUCAUGCAGGUGGCACGUUGGUUAUUUUUUUUUUUCCCAUCAAACAGGUCAAUUAAGUUUGUUCUGUUAACAUUAAUUAUCUUUCCUUUAAGUCACUCAUUUAUUCUGAUCCUGGGAAAUAGUAAGCUUCAGCAGACAGCAAUGAGGGCCCUUCAACAUUUUAAAAGCCAACUGCAAGAGAUGAUCCUCUCCCUUCACAGAUUCUCCCAAGUCUUUACUAAGUGA